GAAAUGCAAGGUUAGACUAUUCAUCUACCCAAUCUCGAAAUCAUGAAUAUGAAUAUAUCAUGAAUAGACAUUCCAUUUUGUUAACAUUAUUAAUUAAUCGUAGAGAAUACUUAUUUCACCGAAAUAAUCUAGAAUCAGAUUUAAGUAUAGGGUUAGAGGACUCCAUAGAAUCACCUGUAAAAAAUUUUGAUAAUAAAGAACCUUUUCAUAGUUUUAAACAACUAUUUAAAUUAGCUCCGUAUUUUUUAUUAAAUGGAGAUCAGAUUCGACCUCUUCAAGAACCAAAUGAGUUUUAUGAAGAACUUAAGGUACAAAUUCUUUCCGCUAAAGAACGAAUAUUCUUAGCUGCUUUAUAUAUUGGAGCUAAUGAGAAUGAAUUGAUUGAAACCAUUAAAACGGCUGUCAAAAAAUCGAAGAAAAUUAAAGUACAUAUAUUACUCGAUUGUUUGAGAGCCACCAGAGUUGUUCAGGCAGAUCAAAGCUCCGCAAGUCUUUUAAUGAAUUUAGUUAAAGAAUUUCCGGAUCAAGUGACCGUAUCAUUGUAUCAUACACCAGAUCUCACAGGUAUUCUUAAAAAAUUCUUACCUCAAAGAUAUAAUGAAGGGAUUGGAUUAAUGCAUAUCAAAGCAUUUGGUUUUGAUAAUAAUCUUAUGUUAAGUGGACAAGAUCGUUACUUAUUAUUCAAAAAUGCUUCUAAUAUAACCAAUUAUUUUGCAGACCUUUUGCAAACUGUAUCAACUUUUUCAUAUAAAUUGACUACAAAUUCUACAAAUUCUACUACAACUCAGGAUGAUAAGAAGAAGUCAUAUGAAUUAAUAUUAUCUCAAUCACCAGAUCCCAUAACUCAAAGUGAUUUAUUUAGAAAACAUGCAACAUCGUUAAUGAAAGAAUUCAUAAAAAAAUGGAUGAUAGAAUGUGAAUUGAUUGCACGACAUCAAAUUGAUCAAAUUGAUCAAAUGAAUCAAAUAAAUCAAAUGGAUGAUCAAAAACAACAAAAUAAUUUUGAUACAAUUAUUUUUCCAGUUAUUCAAAUGGGUCCAUUAUCAAUUAGACAAGAUGAAACAGCAACUUUAUAUAUUCUUGACGCGAUUACGAAAUAUGGGGAAAAACAUAAUAAUGAUAAUGAUGAAACUAAAUAUUGUAACGUAUUUUUUACCUCGGGAUACUUUAAUUUUACAAAGAAAUUUAAAGAAAAAAUAUUAAACACCGCAGCAAAAUUUAGAAUUCUAGCCGCGUCACCCGAGGCUAAUGGAUUUUUUUAUUCCAAAGGGAUAUCUAGAUAUAUUCCUCAUGCGUACACAUUAAUAGAGAAACAAUUUUAUUCUGAUAUAUUAAAACAUGGAAAAAGAUUAUGGUAUUAUAUUAAUGGACAACAAUUGCCAAACUUAACAAUAAUUGGAUCAUCAAAUUAUGGAUAUAGAUCAACUGAGAGAGAUUUAGAAGCUCAAGUUAUUUUGAUUACUAAUAAUGAGAUGUUACGAAAAUCUACUCAUCAGCAACAGAAUUCAUUUACACUACCAUCUUCUGAUACUGAUCUACAACAUCGAUUGCAACAAUCACAUGAAGUGCAUGGUUCUUCUGUUGUGGUGGUAGUAGGAAUAGUAGGAAGAACCGGCAGCUAA